AUGGCUCAGUCGCUCUCUGCACUCUCUUCGCCCUCUCGCGCCCAUUUCUUCCACGGAUCGCCGCAGCAGCACGUCUCGUCGUCGUCGUCGUUGAAUACCAGCUUUCCCACGCCGGUCGCAGUGGCUCCGGCCGCACUCACCCCUGCGUCGGCACACGCCGCUUCGCCAUCCCACGCUUCCACCUCGGCCAUCCACACGCUCUCGGCGCCCAGAUUCACACCGCCACGCCACACACACGCCACCACAAUGUCGCCACAAUCACAGUCACAACCACCGUCGACACCAGCUCCGGUUCCAGCGCCAGCACCGACAAGAGCACCAACAACACCAGCAGCAGCAGCAGCAUCCACAAUAGCAGCAUCCGCAGCAGCACCAGCAUCGGCGAGCAAUCCAAAGGUGCUGCCGUAUCUGUUUGACGAUGCGCAGCUCGACGACGUGCUCGUGCUCGUCGUCGACAUGCUCGUCAAGCUCACCGAGCACAACGACGGCCUUCCGCUCCACCCUUCGGCUCUCACGCGCUUCCACUCGCGCGCCACGCCCAACAUCUCGCUGUCAGCCUACCUGCGCCGCAUUGCCAAGUACACGUCGAUCGAAAAGUGCUGCGUGCUCAUCCUGCUCGUCUACAUCGACCGCGUGUGUGAGCGGCUCGAGGGAUUCACCAUCUGCGGGCUCACCGUGCAUCGCUUCAUCUGUGCCGCCAUCCUGUGCGCGUCCAAGGCGCUGUGCGACGCCUUCAACACCAACGAACACUACGCCAAGGUGGGCGGCAUCAGCCUGCAGGAGAUCAACCUGCUCGAAAAGGAGUUUCUCCAGAUCAUCGACUGGCGUCUCAUCUGUUCCGGUGCCGUGCUCCAGCACUACUAUGCCAGCCUCGUGCGUUCGCACAGCUGCUACGUGCUCGCUCCGCCGCCUGACGACGUUCCGAUGCCCAUCGAUGCGCCUGGUGCUUCGGCCAUGGACGAGGACGAUCCGAACGCACCCGUGCUCGCCUCGACAAAGCCGCACAGCCACGGCGACCGCCCGUCAGUUUCGGAAACCAACGGCGCAAGGCUGCGUGGUAGCAUAGCGAUAACAUCGGCCAUGGCACCACCCAACAGCCAGCACAGCUCGCCGUUGCCCUUGAGCAGCAACAGCGCCAGCCCCUUUACGCCCGCAGCAGCCGUUGCGCCAACUCGGCCGAAUGGCGGCAUGGUGGCAGCAAGCACAUCGGGCUCGUCGGCCAGCCCGUCGUCGGCGAUGCACGUCGAUGCGGUCAACCCUGCCGAUCCUGCCGAUCCUCGCUCGGCCGCCUCGGCUGUGCCCUCGCGACGACGCAAGGACGAACAGCGCACGCCUCCGUCGCCGCGCAGCGUCCAGCCCACUCCCAUCACUGGCGCAGCGGCAGCAGCAGAUGGCGGUGGGAUCGACGCACACAAACGCACGCGCUUCGACCAUCCUGCACCGCCGUCUUGA